UCGUCGCCGCCGCUGCCGCCGCCGCCGCGGCCGCUGGACGACGGGAACGGCGGAACCGGGAACGGCGGAGUCGCAAGAGUGUUGUUGGACGUAGUGCCUGUGUGUCCCCGAAGUGAUAAAUUGAUUCCGUGCGACGGGAGACGGGCUCCGGCGCGCAUCUAUGGAUAUUCGUCGCGAUACGCGUGACUAACGAGAAACGAGAAACGAGCGAACGCGGAUUUUCGGAUUACUCGGACACAGCCAGGGCGGGAGCGGCAGCGGCGUAAAAAGCAACGACGAAGCAACGUCGAGUGAUUCUGGAGGCUUCCUCGCGCGCAGAAGAUCACCUCAGGUUAUCGCGAUGGCCACGCUAUCCUUGCGCAUCUCCAUACCGGAGAAGAAUGCCACGAAGAUGAUGCAGUUCGAUCCCAGCACGUCGGUGUACGACGCCUGUCGCAUUAUCAGGGAAAAACUCGUCGAAGCCAGUAAUAUGGGUCAACCGAAGGAUUACGGUCUGUUUCUCGCUGAUGAGGACGUGAAGAAGGGUGUCUGGUUGGAGCCUGGGCGAAAUCUCGACUAUUACAUUCUGAGAAACGGAGAUCUACUUGAGUACCGUCGUAAAUUCCGUACGCUUCGAGUCCGCAUGCUGGAUGGAACGCUGAAGACCAUGCUGGUAGACGACAGUCAGCCCGUGGCGAAUCUCAUGGUAGUGAUAUGUACUAAAAUCGGCAUCACGAAUCACGAUGAGUAUUCCUUGGUGCGCGAACUGAUGGACGAGGAGAACGAGAAUCCAAAAUCCGGAAAUUUCGGCACUCUUACGUUGAAGCGGAAGAAGGAGGAGAAGGGCGAGAGGGACGCAAAGAUGGAACAAUUGAGAAAGAAAUUGAAAACCGACGACGAAGUAAAUUGGAUAGAUCCAAGCAAAACUCUGCGCGAACAAGGCAUAGACGAAGCCGAGACCGUUUUGCUGAGGAGGAAAUUUUUCUUCUCGGAUCAAAACAUCGACAGCCGCGAUCCCGUACAAUUGUCGCUGUUAUACGUGCAAGCGCGAGAUGCAAUUCUAGACGGCACGCAUCCAAUCACGCAGGAAAAAGCUUGCGUUUUCGCCGGCAUCCAGUGCCAAAUCCAGUUUGGCGAUCACAAGGAGGAGAAGCACAAACCUGGUUUCCUGGAUCUCAAGGAAUUUCUGCCGCAAUCGUACGUGAAAGUGAAAGGAAUUGAAAAGAAGGUCUUCGCGGAGCAUAAGAAGCACAUCGGGCUCUCGGAGUUGGAGGCCAAAGUUUUGUACACGAAGACCGCCAGAUCGCUGAACACAUACGGCGUCACGUUCUUCUUGGUGAAAGAGAAGAUGAAGGGCAAGAACAAGCUGGUGCCGCGUCUGCUCGGCGUGACGAAGGACUCGGUCCUACGGCUCGACGAAAAGACGAAGGAGAUCCUGAAGACGUGGCCGUUGACGACCGUGCGGCGUUGGGGCGCCUCGCCGAACACCUUCACUCUCGACUUUGGCGACUACUCCGACCAAUAUUACAGCGUGCAGACGACCGAAGCGGAACAGAUACUUCAGUUGAUCGCCGGCUACAUUGACAUUAUUCUGAAAAAACAGAAAGCAAAGGAUCAUUUCGGCAUCGAGGGUGACGAGGGGUCCACUAUGGUGGAGGACAGCGUGUCGCCUCUCAAGGCUACUAUUAUGCAGCACGAAACCAGCAAUGUCGGUAAAGGAAACGUAGAAGCAGUCUCCGUCGCAAUACCAGCUGUCAUGAGGGCCGGAGGAGACGGAGCUCGACCAUACGGAACCGGCCACAUAGGUGGUGCUCAAUACACGACUGUCAGCGGGCAAGUGAACAUCGCUCAUACUCCACCUAUGGUCCAACAAACUAAAGUGACAUCCGUCCUGUCUGAACCGCAACGUGCCUUACUGUCGACCAUCACCGCUGGUCACGAGGUGAUCCACAUCGCCGAGACGGAACUCUCGACGAAGGCCCAGCUGCCCGAGCUCGGCACGGAUCCGGCUUCCCUGAGAUGGAUCGAGCAGACCAUCGACACCCACAAGCAGAACGUGGGCUCGCAGAUCGCGGCGAUGAACGCCGCGACCGCUCAGGUGGUCACGCUGACCUCCGGACCGGCGGACGAUGUCGAUCACACCGCGGUGGGAGCCGCGAUUACCACGAUCGCGACGAAUCUGCCGGAGAUGACGAAGGGCGUGCGGAUGAUCGCCGCUCUCAUGGACGACGAGUCGUCCGGCGAACGACUCCUAGACGCCGCCAGAAAACUCUGCUCGGCGUUUUCGGAUCUGCUGAAGGCCACCGAACCGGAAACGAAAGAGCCUUUCCACAUAACAUCUACGCUCUACGAACAAUAUCCGCGACAGAAUCUAUUGAACGCUGCAUCGCGAGUGGGCGAGGCAUCGCACCAGGUAUUGACGACUAUUGGAGAAGAAGACGAUUCAAAUCGUGAACUGCAGGACAUGCUACUCGCGCUGGCCAAAGCGGUAGCCAACACCACCGCCGCUCUGGUAUUGAAGGCGAAGAACAUCGCAGCCACGUGCGAGGACUCUGCGACUCAGAACAGAGUUAUAUCAGCUGCGACGCAAUGCGCGCUCGCUACGUCACAACUGGUGGCCUGCGCAAAGGUAGUGGCGCCGACUUUACACUCGCCCGCCUGUCAGACUCAGCUGAUGAACGCCGUUCGCGAGGUGACCAAGGCGGUGGAGCGCUUGGUUCAAGUCUGCAACGAGACGUGCAGCGACGAGAACUUGCUGAAGGAGCUGAGCGCCGCCGCCAACGAGGUCAGCCGCACCUUGAACGAUCUCCUCGAUCACAUCAAGGCCGCGACGAGAAGAGAGCGCGCAAGGGAAUCCAUCCAGGAAGGCGCGGUGGAAACUAUCUUAGUUGCGACGGACAAGCUCUUCGCCAGCACCGGCGACGCCGGCGAGAUGGUGCGACAAGCAAGAAUAGUCGGCCAAGCUACCGCGCAAUUGAUUCAAAGCAUCAAAGGCGAAGCGGAAAGACAGACGGAUUCGGAGCAGCAGCAGCGUCUCUUAGCGGCGGCGAAGCUGCUCGCCGACGCCACUGCCAAGAUGGUGGAGGCGGCGCGACAGUGCGCCAGCAGUCCACACGACGCCAAGAUGCAAGAUCAACUGCGCCAAGCGGCGGAGGAGCUGCGAGCUGCGACCACCGCAGCGGCCACUCCGGCGUUGCGCAGGAAACUCAUCACGCACUUGGAGGUUUGCGCCAAACAGGCAGCUUCAACCGCCACGCAGUGCAUCGCGGCAUCUUCCGGCGCCGGGCAUCACAACACCAAUCCGGCCAGCCAAGAAGAGCUCAACAUGGAGUGUCGCACAAUAGCGCAGCACAUUCCACAUUUGGUAUCGGGAGUGAAGGGCACGCAGAUGCAACCGGACAACCCUACGGCGCAAUUGAAUCUCAUAAACGCCUCCGAGCAAUUCCUGCAGCCAGGUACUUCCGUAGUGAAGGCGGUCAGGGCUGUUUUACCGACGGUUACCGAUCAGGCGUCCGCAAUGCAGCUAAACAACACGUCGCAGCAGUUGGGAUCCUCAUUGGCGGAUCUGCGAUCGGCAGUGACGCGCGCUAGAAUAGCUUGCGGCGGUUUGGAGCUCGACGCUGCAGAAGAGCUGAUCAACAGCUUGAAGGACGAGUUGGGAGAAUUUUAUCGCGCCGUUGAGGCCGCUUCGUUGAGACCACUACCGGAGGAGACGACGGAAUCCACCGCUCUGCGACUCGGCGCCUCGUCCAAAAACGUAGGAUUUGCCAUGGCGCAGCUGUUGUCCGCUGCCAAGCAGGGCAAUGAGAAUUACACCGGAAGCGCCGCCAGAGAAACGGCGUCUGCCCUGAAAGAUCUCACUUAUGCUGUUCGCGGCGUGGCUGCUACAUCUGAUCAGCCGGAGACGCAGAAGAAGGUGCUGAUGACAGCCGACGACGUGAUUCUGCGAUCGCUGUAUCUGGUGAAGGAAGCGCGGCGCGUGCUGAAGAAUCCCGACGAUCCCGAGAACGAGAUCAACUUAGCCGCGGUCGCCAAAGACGUCUCCAUUUCUCUGAACAAGUGCGUCUCCUGCCUGCCCGGGCAGAGAGACGUGGACGAAGCCAUACGCAACAUCGACGACAUGACUCAAGUGCUCGGCAUAAACGAGUUCCCGCAAACAAACAAGAGUUAUGGGCAAUUGCAGAGCGACCUGAAUAACGCGGCCGUUAAUCUGAACGACGCGUCGUCGAGCGUGGUGUCAUCCGUGCGUUCGCCGGUGCAGCUAGCGAGCUCGUCGAAGCAAUUCACCAAUGCCUUCGGUGAUUUGUUGGGCGUGGGUAUGGAAAUGGCGAGUCAGACAUCGAUUGAGACACGCACUCAAGUAGUAAUAUCACUGAGAAACGUCAGCAUGACAUCCAGCAAGCUGCUCGUGACCGCGAAAUCGGUCGCGGCCGAUCCCACCGCGCCGAACGCGAAGAAUCAGCUGUCGGCGGCGGCUCGCGCCGUCACGGACUCCAUCAAUUACCUCGUAGACGUGUGUACCUCGGCGGCGCCCGGGCAGAACGAGUGCGACAACGCUAUCAGGAACAUCCAGUCCAUGCGAUCACUGCUGGACAAUCCGAGCCAGCCGUUCUCCGACGCCUCGUACUUCGAGUGCUUGGAAACCGUGAUGGAGAAGAGCAAGAGCCUCGGCGACGGCAUGACCGGCAUCGCGAAUCACGCGAAGAAAUCGGAGCACGAGCAUUUCUCCGUUGCCGUUCGCGGAGUUUCCUCAUCGAUCUGCGGCCUGAUCGAAGCCGCGGCUCAGGCGGCUUAUUUGGCAGGAGUGAGCGAUCCGACAUCGGUGGCGGGUAAACCAGGCUUGGUGGAUCAGGCGCAGUUCUUACGGGCGGCGCAAGCCAUCCAAAGCGGCUGCCAGAGCCUCGGCAAUCCCACCAGCACGCAGCAACAAGUUCUCUCAGCUGCCACUAUGAUUGCCAAGCACACCAGCGCCCUGUGCAACGCGUGCAGAGUCGCCUCCAGCAAGACCAGCAAUCCGGUGGCGAAACGUCACUUCGUUCAGUCCGCCAAGGACGUCGCAAACUCGACGGCGUGCCUCGUCAAAGAGAUUAAGGCACUCGAUCAAAAUUAUUCCGACAUUAAUCGCGAGAAGUGCGCGGAAGCGACGAAACCUCUGCUCGAGGCGGUCGACAAUCUCUGCACGUUUGCGAGCUCCCCCGAAUUUGCGAGUCAACCGGCGAAGAUCUCGAUCGCCGCUCGAGCCGCGCAAGAGCCGAUCACCAGCGCCGGCAAGUCUAUCAUCGACGGCUCGUGCGCCAUGGUGCAAGCAGCGAAGAGUCUCGCGAUCAGUCCGAAGGAUCCGCCAACCUGGCAACUACUGGCCAAUCACAGCAAGAGUGUUAGCGAUUCCAUCAAAUCGCUGGUAGCGUCGAUUCGCGACAAGGCACCCGGUCAGAAAGAGUGCGACGCCGCGAUCGAGAAGCUGUCGGCGCGGAUACGCGAGCUGGACGCCAUCUCGCUGAGCGCGGUUUCGCAGACGCUGGUGCCGCGUCGCGAGAACACCGUCCAGGGAUUCACCGAUCAGAUGGAGAGCAGCGCGAGCGAGUUGCGCGAGAAGCUGGAGCCGUUGCGCAUCGCCGCGAAAUACGAGGCGGAGAACGUCGGCCACGCCGUCAAUCAGAUCGCCCUGUACUCGGAGCCUCUCGUCUCCGGCGCGAUCGGCGCCGCGUCCAAUAUGGUGCAGUCGAAGCAGCAAAUGGUGCUGCUUGAUCAAACGAAGACCGUCGCCGAGUCCGCCCUGCAAUUGAUUUACGUCACGAAGGAAUCCGGCGGCAAUCCGAAGGCCGUCGCGUUGCACUCCGAAGUGGACGAAACCGUCGAGUCGACCAAGGACGCGCUUCAAGAACUGCAAAAUACUCUGGAGACCAUAUCAACAUCCGCGGGCAUCGUCACUGGUUUGAUCGACACGAUUUCUCGCGCAAUGGUUAGAUUAGAGGAUCACAGAAUGUCCACUAUCGACACUGUAGAUUCUUACGUGGACUAUCAAACGAGGAUGGUUGAAGCCGCUAAAGAGAUUGCUCGGCUGGCACAAGAGAUGUCAACGAAAUCAAGCAUAGAUGUGGCCAGAUUGGGUCCCCUCGCGGUCGACAUAUCACACAAAUACACACAACUCGCCCGCGACACAUCAGGAGCCUCUGCAGCCGCUUCCAACGCCGACGUAUCCGCCAGGCUUCGUACCGGCGUUCAAGAACUUGGCCGAGCUUGCGCGGACAUCGUGCGCGCCGCUGGCACCUGCCAGAUGUCACCCGGUGACGCGUACGCUCAGCGAGAGGUUGCGGAGCACAGUAAGAUUGUGACCGAGAAGGUGUCGCAGGUGUUAGCUGCUCUGCAGGCGGGCUCACGCGGUACUCAAGCGUGUAUCAACGCCGCCAGCACCGUUUCCGGCAUCAUCGGCGACCUCGACACCACCAUCAUGUUCGCCACCGCCGGCACACUGCACGCCGAGAACGAGAGCGACACGUUCGCCGAUCAUCGCGAGCACAUACUGCAAACCGCAAAGGCCUUGGUGGAAGACACGAAGACUCUGGUAGCCGGAGCGGCUUCCUCGCAGGAGCAGCUGGCCGUCGCGGCGCAGAACGCGGUGUCGACCAUCGUUCAGCUCGCCGAGGUUGUCAAGUACGGAGCGGCCAGCCUCGGCAGUCAAAAUCCGGAGGCCCAAGUGAUGCUGAUCAACGCCGUGAAGGACGUCGCCUCCGCACUCGGCGAUCUCAUACACGCCACCAAAGCCGCGAGCGGCAAGCCGAUCAACGACCCGAGCAUGGCGCAUCUCAAGGAUUCUGCUAAGGUGAUGGUGACCAACGUGACGUCGCUGCUGAAGACCGUGAAAGCCGUGGAAGACGAGCACACGCGCGGCACGCGGGCGCUGGAGUCCACGAUCGAGGCGAUAGCGCAGGAGAUUCGCGCGCUCAACACGCCGGAGACUCAGAAGAGCAACGUGACGCCGGAGGACCUCGUGCGCUGCACGAAGAGCAUCACGAUAUCGACGGCGAAGGCGGUCGCCGCCGGGAACAGCUGCAAGCAGGACGACAUAAUCGCCGCGGCGAACAUGGGCCGGAAGGCGAUCAGCGACAUGCUGACCAUCUGCAAGGGCGCGGCCUACAACUGCGCCGAGACCGCCGAGCUGCGCGAUCGCACUCUACAGGCGGGCCACGACGUCGCCAUCAACUAUCGCGAGUUGCUGCAGGCCAUCCUGCAGAUCUCGUCCAGGUCGGGCGACGCCAAGCAUACGUUGCCGGCGAUCUCGCGCAAGAUCGCGCAGAGUGUGACGGAAUUGGUGGCGGUGGCGGAGCUGUUGAAGGGUAACGAUUGGGUCGAUCCCGACGAUCCGACGGUGAUCGCGGAGAACGAACUGCUCGGAGCGGCCGCCAGUAUCGACGCAGCCGCCAAGAAGCUGGCCAGCCUGAGACCGAGGAGAAGCAUUCAGGAGACCAACGAAGAUAUGAAUUUUGACGAGAUGAUCUUGGAGGCCGCGAAAUCAAUCGCCGCCGCCACCUCGGCGCUGAUAAAAGCCGCCAGUGCCGCUCAACGGGAGCUCAUCGCCACCGGCAAAGUGUCGCGCACGCCGUUGACCAGCUCCGACGACGGUCAAUGGUCCGAAGGUUUGAUUUCAGCCGCUCGAUUGGUGGCAGCCGCCACGCAUAGCCUCGUGGAAUCCGCGAACGCUCUCGUUCAAGGAGUAAGCUCCGAGGAAAAGUUGAUUUCCAGCGCUAAGCAGGUUGCCAGCAGCACGGCGCAACUGUUGGUUGCUUGCAAGGUCAAAGCCGACCCUGACAGCGAGAGCACUAAACGUCUGCAAGCGGCCGGAAACGCUGUGAAACGUGCCACCGAUAAUCUCGUACGUGCUGCGCAACAGGCUAUCCAGCAGGAGGAGGACCGCUCCUUGGUCCUGAACCGCCGCAUGGUCGGCGGUAUCGCGCAGGAAAUCGACGCACGCUCGGAGGUGUUGCGAAUUGAGCGCGAGUUGGAGGAGGCGCGUGGCAGGCUGACCGCCAUUCGUCUGGCUAAGUACAAGAACCGUCCAGAUCUGUCGGACGGCGACGGCGAUGUGUCGGCGGAGCAGAGCGGCUAUCAGAGCUACACCACGCGAUACGAGACGAGGGCGUACGAGCCGCCGAACGCGCCCUCGCCCAUUCAGACGAUGAAUCACACCCUGGACCAGCUGCAAUCCACCACGCAGCACAUCAGUCACCAAUUCGCCGGCAGCGAUCGGCAGAACCUGGUCAGUCCGGAGAAGGUGCACUCCACGCAGAGCACGCUUGAGAGAAGGAUGAAGGACAGCCAGUAUCGAUCGACCUUGGAGAACCAGUACGGCUCCCUGGAUCGAAAAUACAUCAUCGACAGUCAUCAGGACAGAAAUCCAUACGUCAUCACCGAGAGAAAGAUCAUAACAGACAAUUCGCCCGCUCAGUACAGCUCGAUUGAGCGGCGAAUCAAUCAGGAGAGUUACGCCACCGACAGGAAGCACACGGACGGAUAUGCUUCGUAUCCGCCGCCGCAGCAUAUCUCAUACGCGACAACAAAGUCGCCGACUCCCAAAGCCACGCUGGAGCACACUUUCGAGGAUCGGAAGUCGCCGCAGGAUCAACAGAAGUAUCCGAACGAUCGGUUCUCAGGCGUCAGCCCGAUGAGCACGUUCCGCUCCGAGAAGCAAGUGGACACCCAGCGGUUCAGCAGCGGCGUGCCGCAACAUCAGACGUUCAAGAACGUCGAGAGCAAGGUCAUUCCUGGCGGUAGAAUCGAGACCAUCACGACGAAGAUGUACACAUCGACGCCUGGUAAAAGUAGCAGCAGCUCCAAUUACGAAGCCACCGAGGAGACCAAGGAGUACGCAACGUCGGGCAACGAACUGUCGACGUUCAAGGGUCUCGACAACGUCGACAGCGUCGAGGAACGUAUGAAGUCGACGACGCACAAAGUUACGGAGAAGAAAACCGUCACUAUGACCAUGUCGAGCCGGCAGGAGUCCAACACGAAGACUUUCCGCUACGAUGAUAAGCAGUAAAGAUGAAAAUAACGAACCGAUGAAGCCGAUAAUUUCUCGUCCAGAAUUCAUUUUUAGGGAAAAAUAAUUCGUAAUAUCAUAUACUUCGCGUGGCCUAAGAAAUUGCAUUAUGGAAAGAUACGAUUUAAGAUUAUGUCAAUACAACAGACAAAGAACACAAUUUUUAAGUAAAAUCAUGUUUCGAGUUUCGAAUAGAGAUUGAAAUGAAAGCAUUCGCGAUGAUGCUCGACGAAGAACAGCGUACAAACAAAUGGAAGUUGCUAGCUUUGUCAAAAAUGGUUUGCCAUGUGUCAUAGGUUUACGUUUGAUUAAUUGUAAACGCAUUUUGACAAGGCGAAGAGAACGCGGCGAGUAAUUUAUUAGUGAAAGAAUAGAAAGUGCCCUUAGAUAGAUGUAACACUCGUGCUUUCGAUCAGUAGCCUUACGAGCGUAUUUAUUCGUGGAUGUUGCGCAGCCACGAGCCAUGGCCAUUUUUCCUAACUUAACCGAUGGAUCUUACGGGACUAGUUGAUUGCACGUAAUAUUAAUAUCAGGAGAGCACAAACUGUCCGCUUUUGUGUUCGCGCAGUGAGUUUUUUUUCCUUUUUAUCGCUUACCGCAUUGUCUUGAGGAUAAUAGAGAUAUGUAAUUGCGCUUGAUUUAAUGUAGAUCUAAUUUUACGUUUACUCGUUUACGGUCUAAGAACCACGAAUUAACAAGAGAAGCAACAUAUCAUUUAAUUUUAUUAAUUUUUCCAACGUCGCGCGGCGCCGAGACCGGCCCGGCGACGCGAAUGCUAUUAACACUUUCCGCUGUCUUCAUUAACCCUUUUCUUGCAUUGAGUCUUUUAUUUAUUCUGAUUUUCCGCUAUCGUGAAGUAAUAUUUCUCUCAAUCUGACUUCCACAUUUUUUUUUCUAGCGCGCGAUUUGUACAGGCGGUGGCUCGUUCUCAUCGAGUUUGUUAAUGUAAGCUUAUGCUCGACUGUGGCCUAAUUAGGCUUCCGCGGGUGAUCUGUUAGUGCAAUGAUUAGUCUUUUGCGAAUAGAUAGGCUACUGUAUAAAUAUCUUUUAGUGCAUAUAUAUAUAUAUAUACAAAAUUCAGGAAAUUACUGCGUCUCUGAAAAGCGCAAUCCUUAACAAGAAAAGUGCCUAAAGUCUAAUGAGCUGCCGCUUCCUUUUUUAAUGUGCUCGUAGUGAUUCUAAGGAAUUUCUAAUAUUACCAAAAAUCGAAUGCUUUACUAAUACAUUUAACGACGCGCAUGAGAUGACGCCUUAUUGACGCGAGCGUUGACACGCGGCCAAACAUACGGCUGAAUCAGAUUCUUCCUAAGCGAUGCGCGUGCUGCAUUUCUCAUCGUGUAUUUUUAAAUAAUUAAUUAAUUAUUGUUAAUUAAUUAAUGUUUUUUAAAUAAUUGUUUAUCGCGACGUUUGUUUCUAGAUUCGCAGAAACCGAUCUCUCAAUAAUGAUGAGAAAAGUCAUAUAAUGACAAUCGAUUUCAUUUAUUUUGGUUGACUUUAUAUGAAUCAACUUAUUUUAACCUUAUGUCAUGCUUGCAUAUAAUCAUAUACAUGACUACAAACAUAGUCAUGUUGUGCAUUAUAAAUUGAUAGAAUGAAAACCGGUAUAUGAAUAAUUUCCUUGAUUUAUAUAAAUGUUGGCUAAACAUGAAAAAAUCGUUACGUAAACAGUGUGCAUCGCGAUCGGUUUGUGCGGAUCUUUCUAUGUCUAAAGGAGUGUGCCAUGAUACAUAACAAUGUAUUGAGAGAUGACGAAUUAUACAUAAAAAGAUAUUUACAUAGAUUAUAUAUUAUAUAUUACACACAAUAUUUGUGUGUAUCUACAAGAUAACGUAGCGGUCUUUAUGAUUUGUAAUAACGUUUUGCAUUGUUUUAACGAUUUUUAUUAUAUAGAGCAUAUUUUUUUAAUAGUUCUAUAAUGGUCACUUAUAUACACAGAAAUAUUUUACACGUCUUUUUCACGGAAUGUUACAAAGCUAUCGACAUUACUCUUUUUACUUAUUAUUAUUAAUCUUGAUCAAGUGUAUGCACGCAUUUUACUGCGACAGAUAUUAUCGUUACUAUUAUAGUUUAUAUCAUUAAUCUUUCUAUCGCCAUCAUUAUUGAAUCCAAAUGUUUAUAUUCGUAUACAGACGUAAUCAAUAAAGAAUUUCUAACACUUA